UUACAUUGGGAACUUGCUAUUUUCAAUACGAAGACGAAUUUUACCAACAAAUAGAUGGUGUAGCUAUGGGUAGUCCGGUUGCUGGUGCAGUGGCUCAAUUAGUGCUAGAAUAUUUUGAAGAAAAAGUUUUGCUAAAUUCAUCAUAUAGAAUAACAAUUUUCAAGAGGUACGUGGAUGAUUGUUUAAUUAUAACAACAGAAGAUCAAAUUAAAGAAAUAAUGGAAGUUUUGAACAAUCUUAACAACAAACUGAAAUUUACUCUAGAAACAGAACUGGACAAUAAAAUCAACUUUCUGGACAUGACCAUCAUUAGAGAAAAUAACAAAAUAGAAACUAAAAUGCUCCGAAAAACCAUUAACUCAGACCGGAUACUUGAUUAUAACACAGUAUAUAACAUCAAACAGAAAAAAGCAAUAGUAACCAAUUAUAUAGAUCGAGCAAUCAAAUUAACUUCACCACGUUAUAGACCGGAGAUACUAAAUCAGAUCUCCUCCCUACUUGCCACAAACAAUUACCCCCAAGAAAUGAUAAAGAAAACAAUAAAACAACGCACUCAUAAAUUUUACAACUCACUAAGUUACCAAAAUCCAAAAACCGAGCCAAUAGUUUACAUACCCCUACCAUACAUCCCAACACUGUCUGAGAAAAUAGAAAACAUAAUAAAGCCAUACCCCAAUAUAAGGAUUGCACACAAACCAUUUAUACAGGUUAAUCAAUUAUUUUCGAGAUUGAAGGCAAUAGUCCCGAAAGGUCAAAAAUCACAUAUCGUCUACGAGAUACCAUGCAACCAAUGUAAUGGAGUGUACAUAGGACAAACGGAACAAAAUCUGAACAACAGGAUAAAAGGACACAAAUAUUCUAAAACUCAAACAGCCCUUUACAAACAUACAAUAGAAAACAACCACACUUUCAAUUUUGAGAAUACAAGGAUAUUAGAUAGGGAAACAAAUAAAAGAACCAGGGAAUUUUUGGAAAUGAUUUAUAUAAAACGAAACCCCAACUCUAUCAACGACAGAACAGAUAUAAAUGGUCUGAACAAAAUAUACUCAACGAUUAUAAAGAAGACAGCGGAAAACGACAACGAAAGAAGAAGAAGAGUGACAACGACACCAACUUGACAAUUCAUUAACUUAGCACCACAUUAUGUUACAAAAUGAAGAAUGAAGACACAUGCACCACAAGCAGAAGACUUGGAAAUUGUUAAAAUAAAGAUUGAAAAAGGGCCCGAACCCGAAACGUCUUAUUAUAUUUGACUAAAUAAAUUAGGUUAACAAAAUUCCAAACGAUCAAUUAUUUAAUACAAUAAUAA